GAGAAGCAGUACUUUCACUGUUUGGUACCAGUUUCUCCCCCUGCAAACAACAACAACAGCCGCGUUUUCCGUCUUAUUUAAAACAACAACAACACAUCACAUGUGCGUUGUUUGACAUGGGCAACAGUGAGGCCGAGAUGGAGGAGGAUGAAACCGAGUGGAGGAGCAGUUUCGUGGACUCUGCACCUCUCAGUCCCGCUGCUGCUUCUGGUCCGAGCCUGUAUAAGACAUCAGGUCCAACCUCUGCACACAGAGUCAUUCUGCAUUUUGACCUGGACUGCUUCUACGCUCAGGUGGAGAUGAUCAGAAACCCAGCGCUGAGAGAAGUGCCUUUAGGUAUCCAGCAGAAAUACAUCAUAGUCACCUGCAACUACGUGGCAAGAGAGCAGGGUCUCACCAAACUGAUGUCUGUGACUGACGCUAAGGAGAAAUGUCCUCAGCUUGUGCUGGUUAAAGGAGAAGACCUGACACACUACAGAGAGAUGUCGUAUAAAGUGACAGAGCUGCUGAUGUCUCACUGUCCGCUGGUCGAGAGGCUUGGAUUUGAUGAAAACUUCAUCGACAUCACAGAGAUGGUAGACAGAAGGCUGACGCAGACACCAGACUCGGACAACUUUUCAGUUAAAGGACAUAUCUACAGCCACGUCAGUGCAGAUGUUAAAGCCAGUGACUACCCGAGGCUGGCUAUAGGGUCACACAUAGCGGCAGAGCUGAGAGAAGCCAUCCACAGCAAACUGGGCCUGACUGGUUGUGCUGGCAUUGCCCCAAACAAGCUUCUGGCCAAACUGGUGUGUGGCACUUUCAAACCCAAUCAGCAAACCACCCUGCUGCCGCAGAACCACGGCGACAUCAUGGGCAGCCUGAGCAGUCUCCGCAAAGUACCAGGGGUGGGUCACCAAACUGCUAAAAGACUUCAAGCCCUGGGAUUGGUCAGCAUCCAAAACUUGCAGCUCUUCCCGUUGAAUGACUUGGCGAGAGAGUUUGGAGGUCCCAGUGCUCAGCGCUUGAAGAAUCUGGCCAUGGGUGUCGAUGACUCCCCUGUCACCCCGACUGGGGCCCCUCAGUCUCUCAGUGAUGAAGACUCCUUCAAAAAAAUCUCAUCAGCUAAAGAUGUUUUGGAAAAGAUUCAACAACUCCUGAGCAGUCUGGUGGAAAGGAUGAACAAAGAUGGCAGACAGCCUCAAACCUUCCGGCUCACCAUCCGUAGGUACUCGGCGACCAACAAGUGGUUCAGUCGUGAGAGCCGGCAGUGUCCGAUCCCCAACCACGUGGGACAGAAGAUCACGUCUGGCGACAGUGAUGAUGCUGUGGUCCAGCUGGUCCAGUUGGCCAUGAAGCUCUUCCACAAGAUGGUGGACAGCAGGGCCGCCUUCCACCUCACGCUCAUGAACGUCUGCUUCAGUAACCUGCAGAGCAGGGGGGCUGCCGUCAGCGGAAAGGGCUCCAUAACCUCUUUCUUCACACAUGGCACGUCUCCGGGAAAAGCACCGAUCUGCUCUUCACAAAGCCAGAAUGAUUCCUCUCAGAGUCACCGCAGGCAUCAUCAGUUCAGCAUGCACAACAUGGUUGCACAACACAACCCGCAAAUGACAGUGACCGCAGAAAGCGCCUGUAGCGCUGAGGCGGCAUUACAUGGAUCCAGACGGAAACAAAGCUCCGUUGUAGCUGAUGAGGACCCCCCACUUCAGUCGGGAUGCAGCACAGCAAGGACAAACCCCGAGGAAACAGGCAACACUGUGACACGUCGAUUACCCUCAAAUUUUGACCCAGACGUGUUCGAGCAUCUCCCGCAGGAUAUCCAGAAGGAACUCUUAUCUCCCGCCUACGUAAACUCCAUUCCCAGCACUUCCAUCAGCUCCUUGUCCCCAACUGCCGAACUGGAUCCAUCUUACAGAGUGGCCACAGCGAAUCACCACAGGCCUGUGGUCCCAAGUGCAUCUCUGCUCGCAGAAGAAGGGAGACUGUCAUUACCCCGGUCUCCUGACUGCAAAUUCCCGGGAAAUGUGGACCCUGAGGUCUUUUCUGAGCUUCCGCCGGACGUUCAAAAGGAAUUGAUGUCGGAGUGGAAGCAGCAGAAGUCGGUCCUGAAGACCUCGUCAUCCAUGAAACCAGGGAGAAGCCUAAUGACCAAAGACAGAAAGGCUGCAGGGAAAGGCGGUCAGACAAACAGUCUGCUGAAGUAUUUCAAGCCCAGUUAGAGAGGAAACCUGCAAGUUACCUCCACUGAAGUUAAUAUACUGUAUGACACAACAUGUUAAUUCUCUUAAAGGAAAAAAAUGAAUAUCCUUGAUUAUCCGUGUUGAAUUGUUCUUGAUAUAUAGACAGGGAGUGAUCAGAAUAAAAAGCAGUUCUCUAA